CAUGGGUUCGGCCAUGCGGCGGCGCUGGUUCAUGGUGCCCCUGCUGCUGGUGCAGGCGUGGCUGUCGGCGUUGCCGUGCCUUGGCGAGCGGCCGUGUCCCAAGAGCUGCCGCUGCGACGGCAAGAUCGUCUACUGCGAGUCCAGCGCCUUCCGCGACGUGCCCAAGAACCUGUCCGGCGGCUGCCAGGGCCUGUCGCUGCGCUACAACAGCCUGGCCGGCCUGCGCGCCGGUCAGUUCGUGGGCCUCAACCAGCUCAUCUGGCUCUACCUGGACCACAACUACAUCGCCAGCGUGGACGCGCGCGCCUUCCAGGGCAUCCGGCGCCUGAAGGAGCUCAUCCUCAGCUCCAACAAGAUCACGCAGCUGCACAACACCACCUUCCACCCGGUGCCCAACCUCCGCAACCUGGACCUGUCCUACAACAAGCUCCAGGCACUGCAGCCCGGUCAGUUCCAGGGCCUGCGGAAGCUGCUGAGCCUGCACAUGCGCUCCAACUCGCUCAAGAACAUCCCCGUGCGCCUCUUCCAGGACUGCCGCAACCUGGAGUUCCUGGACCUGGGCUACAACCGGCUGCGCAGCGUCACGCGCAACGCCUUCUCGGGAUUGGUCAAGCUGACGGAGCUGCACCUGGAGCACAACCAGUUCUCCAAGAUCAGCUUCUCGCUGUUCCCGCGCCUCUACAACCUGCGCGCGCUCUACCUGCAGUGGAACCGCAUCCGCUCCAUGAACCAGGCGCUCACCUGGACCUGGACCUCCCUGCUGAAGAUGGACCUGUCCGGCAACGAGCUCCAGGAGAUCGACCCCGAGGUCUACCAGUGGAUGCCCUCGCUGCACACCCUCAACCUGGACUCCAACAAGCUGGUGAACGUGUCGGCCGAGGCGGUGGCCAACUGGGUGUCGGUGUCCACCAUUAGCCUGGCGGGGAACAUGUGGGACUGCGGCCCGGCCGUCUGCCCCCUAGUGGCCUUCCUGAGGAACAUCAAGGGCGCCACCAAGGAGAUCACCAUGAUCUGCGCCUCGCCCAAGGAGCAGCAGGGGGAGAAGGUGAUGGAGGCCGUGGAGUCCAACGGGGUGUGCAAGCUCGCUCCGACCGCCUCCGCGCCGACUGCGGCCCGCACCCCCGCCGAAACCGAGCCGCGACCCAACACGGCCCUCACCUCCUCCGGCCACGGGAGGAAGGCGGCCGAAGCGGGGACCCCCUGGGUGUUGGCCACGCCGUUCCCCCCGACCCAGUCGUCUCCUCCUCCGCCGCCGGCGCUUGACCAGGACCUGGAGCCCGUGUCCUUCCACAAGAUCGUGGCGGGCAGCGUGGCGCUCUUCCUGUCGGUGGCCAUGAUCCUGCUGGUCAUCUACGUGUCGUGGAAGCGCUACCCGAGCAGCGUCAAGCAGCUGCAGGAGAACUCGGCGUCGGCGCGGAAACGGCGGAAAAAGGCCCGCGAGACGGAGAGCACGCUCAGCUCUCCGCUGCAGGAGUACUAUGUGGACUACAAGCCCGCCGGACCCGAGAGCAGCGACGUGCUGGUCAACGGAACCGGACCCUGCGCCUACUCCGUCUCCGGCUCACGCGAGUGCGAGGUCCCUCACCAGAUGAGCACUCUGGCGUUCUAUCGGUAUGAGCAGCCCAUCGUGGACUACUGCCAGGCCCACCAGCCCAUGCGUCUGCACGUGGGUUACGAGGGCCCACCUCAGUGCGCGCCCCAGGGCAUGGAGCCCCUGGAGCAGCUGGGCGUUCCCCCGCAGCACUCCGCGGGGCACGGUCCCGCGCGUACCGCAGUGCCAUCCAGACCGUGGCGCUGCCAGCCAUCCCGCCCGUGGGCACCCCGCUCGCACCCCCGACCACGCUGCGCUCCAACGCGGGGCGUCGCCGACACCCCCAGCGUCCGCUACCCCCACCACCGAGCGCCAGACGUCCACCCUCACCUUCGGACGCUAGCGCGCCGUGCGCUAAGAGGGGGUCGCCACGACGACGAUGACGACGACAACGGGGCUGAGGACGAGAGUGGACGAGAGUGGACGAGAGUGGACGAGAGAGGACGGGAGUGA